AUGGAGAAGAAGAGGAAGCUGCCGGCACGCGCUGCUGCCCGAGCUGAGCAGGCGGCUAAGAGGAGAACCAUGACUCCUCCUCAGAGAUCAGUCACCCCAGCCGCGCCAGCUGCUGCGCCCGAGCCAGAGACAGCUCCGGUCGAAGAUGUCCCUCCGCCGCUUCCCAAAUCCAUCACUACGGGCAAGCCGCUGCCUACCGUCGACUCACCCCAGCCAGACGACCUCUCUAAUAGCGACUUCCAAACCGUAUCAGAAAGUGGUGUUCUCGCUGAGUCUCUGUCGCGUUCGCGCCAUAUCUGGACGGUCGAGGGUAUCUUCGAAAAGUACUGGUCAAAACCGGCCAAGAAGAAGGGGGUCGUGAUCGAGGAACCAAACAAUCCGCCUAAGGAGAGCAUGACAAAGCUGGGACAGGUCACCAUCACCGUCGAGCCUCACGUCUUCGAGGCGACCAUGUUCGCCGUCAAAGAUCCGAAACCACCAGUCCCGAAUCCCCCGACCGCCGAACGACCCAUCGUACAGUACGGACCACCCAAUGGUGCCAUGCCGCCUCCGCCAACGCCUACACAGAAAACCGCGACCGCGACGAGCGUGUCGACGCCGGCCCCCGAUCCGUCGCAAUCGCAGGCCCAGGUGUUUGCCCCGGUCGAUACGAAACCUCCAACUCCAAUGCAAGCACAAACCCAUACCCAUACACAGACGCCCACUCUGCCGGUUGCGCAGCCCGCCUCUGGUCAGCUUAUACCUGACGCAUCGCGGCCGACACCACCCGCUCCUGCCAUGGCUCCAAGGCCUGUGGCGUCACCAAGGGGUAUGGAGUCGGUCCUCUCGCCCACCAUAGCGCCACCACUGGUGCCCCAAAGCUCCCCGGCACCUCAGCCGCAGCCCCCGCGACCAACUCCCCCGCCUAGCUAUUCACUCCCAACAGCGCCGACUUCAAGCGCGCCAGCAGUGCCUCCUAGGCCCACGAACACCGUCCAACCCUAUCCGACGCCGAAUGGUGCGCCUGCUACCCCUGCGGCUGCGGCGGCGAAACCGGCUGCUCCGGGCACAGAUCCCAUAAUCCUUAUGCUGGCAGAUAAGGCCGGAUCGGAUCCUCAGCUCCGCGAUCUCAUGAAGCGCGUUGCGCAGGGAGACGCAGCUAAGCAUGAACUAGAGCGCUUCCAGGCCAUCAUUGACGCCAUCACGGCCGAGAGCAAGCGUAACGGUAGCACUGCAGGGCCGUCUGCGGACAGGCUUCUGGUCGACGGGAGGACGGUGCGAUAUUUCGCUGAUGAAGUGCGCGCAAUUCUAGACAUUGUCCUCUCCUCAAACCCCAAACAAACCUCGGCCGACCUACGACCGCCGGUGGGCAGUGAUCCCCUUGUCGUGAUGCUCGUCAAGGCAGCGCUUGACGAACCGCGGACCCGGGACAUUGUGCGUCGCAUUGCCGAGGACAAGCCGCAGUUCGCCGACGCCACGGAUCUCAGGGUCAUACUAGACCGCCUUCGUGCCAAACUCGUCAAGGACAAGGAUCGGCAGCAUACGCAAUCCCCAGCUCCGGCAUCAACCGCGCCUCCCAGGCCCCAUGGUGUUGCAAACGGUCACACGGCACGGUCCGCCAGUACCACACCACCAGCCCCCGCACCCCAGACAGCGCUCCGCUCCAAGGGUCCACCGCCGCUACCACCAAAACUGGACAUAUCCGGGAUUGUGUUCGAGUUUGCCGGCGGCACGGGCGAUCGAUACCUGUUCCCCAAAUUCAGCCUCCUCGAAUACGUUCCCGUUCCCACUGGACAGCAGGUGAUAGCCUCUUUCCUGCUGGUCCGCAAAGGGAGCAAAGCCGAGUAUCCCGUGGCCGAUCCAGAGUUGGAUUACUACCAGCCUCUGACGAUCCGUCUCUUCACCCACGCCGGCCGCCACCUCGAACAUCUCGCCCGAGUCGUCGCCCCGCAAGACGAGGUGAGGCGGUACAUGGACGACGUCAUGACCAGGAUGACUAGGGCUGAGUAUAUCCUGCUUGCGAUGAGGUUACCCAGGCGGGCUUGGACCGAGGAUGAGAACGAGGAGAACGAGAGGGACGGUGGUGCGAGGGACGGCAAGCAGACAAACGGCGGAGGGUUAUUGUUGAAGGAUAAGGACGACAAGGAAAAAGAGAUUGGGUUGGAGGUUGUGCAGAAAGCCAACACGCGACCACCACAGCAGCCGGGGGUGUUGUGGACUGCGAAAGCGACCAAGCCAGAGGUCAAGGAUUUGCCGGGGAGGACAAAGGGGUUGGAGAAGGUCAUGGAUGUUGAUGAGCAGUACCAGAGUUUCGUCGCUUCGGUUAGCCGGAAAGAGGUGUAA